AUGGACCCGGACACCGCCCACCCGACCCUGGAGGUGUCGGACGACGGCAAGGCGGUGUCGUUGAGUGAGAAGCCUCUGGAGGUGGUGCCUUCGCCCAAGCGAUUCACCCAGACCACCAUGGUGCUGGCCCACCAGAGCUUCGACGCGGGCAAGUACUACUGGGAGGUGAUCGUGCAGGAGAAGUCCGACUGGAGCGUGGGCAUCGCCAAGAAGUCCAUGCCGAGGAACGAGAGCAACAACCUGACCAACAGCCCGCUGGCCUGGUCGGUGUCCUUCCAGCAGCGCCAGUACCUGGCGUGGCACAACAGCAUCUCCACGUCCCUGGACAUCACUACGCUGCACCGGCUCGGCCUCUUCCUGGACUACGAUGCGGGCCAGCUGGCCUUUUACGAUGCCAGCACCAUGAACCCAGUGCACACCUUCUCCGAGACGUUCAACGAGCCUGUCUUCCCAGCCUUCAAUCCGGGCAAGAGCGCCGACAAGACAAAGAAAGCCAUCCUGAUCCUGUCCGAUGGUGAAGCCAGGAGUUAGGCAAAACCAAAUUAUUAUUAGCUUUUAAAUAACACGGAACGAAACACAAAAAAGAUCCCGGGAGGAACUCAGCAGGCCAAGCAACUAUCAUUGAUCG